AUGGCUCUGGGCCAGAUAACGGUCUGGGCGGGGUUACUUUACGUAUUUCCGGCGUUGCUUUUGCACUGGGAGCGUGGGUUUGGCUGGGCACGAUCAGAGAUUACCGGCGCUAUUACCGUGGCGAUCUUGCUGUCUGCGUUCAUCGCGCCAGUGGUUGGCAGGUGGAUAGACGGCGGUAAAGGACCGCAGGUCAUGGGUUUCGGUACCAUUCUUGGUGCCUCCGCGCUGUUUUCGCUGUCCUUUGUAUCCGCGCUCUGGCAGUUCUACCUAUGCUGGUCGGUCAUCGGGCUGGCGCUGGCCUGCGCUUUGUAUGAGCCCUGUUUUGCGAUCGUCACACGCUGCCGCGGCACGCAGGCUAAAUCCGCCAUUAUCUCGAUCACCGUGCUCGCCGGUUUUGCCGGCGCACUGAGCUUUCCGUUGGCACAUGCGCUGACAGAGCACUACGGCUGGCAAAAUUGUGUGCGUAUUUUCGCCGCCGUCGUCUUGUUUGUAUCGGCACCGGCGUUGUGGAAGGCCGCAAGUCUACUUGAAUCGGCAAUCGAACCUGACAUGACCGCAGACGGUGAAGGGAAGCUUGCAGCACCACUGCGCCUGACACGGAUGCCGUUGUUCUGGUUACUCGCGGUGAGCUUUUCCCUGCUUGGCGUGGUCCACGGGGUCACCCUGCAUCAUCUGCUGGCGAUUCUCGACCAUCGCAGCGUCGCCAAAGAGCUGGCGGUGACCAUCGCUGCCUUUAUCGGUCCAAUGCAGGUCACAGGGCGACUGAUCAUGACGGUAUUUGCACCCCACGUCAGCAACCACGGCGUCGCAGUGUUUUGCUAUCUUUCUAUGGGCCUGGCGAUUGCGAUUCUUGCCGUUGCCGGCACUAAUCCGUCAUUACUGGUGGGGUUUGUCAUUGCCUUCGGCUGCAGCUAUGGCAUCUCGCAAUUCGGCGUGAAAUCCGGGGCUCUUGCGCUGGUGUACCUGAUCGGCAGCGCCUGUGCUCCGCUGCUGGAUCAUUGA